UGCUCAUCUGAUGUCGACAGCAAUGGCUGCCUACUGCACCUGCCUUCCUAAAAUAAAAUUCCAGAGAGAGACACAGGACCUGGUUACGAGCGAGGAGAGAGAAAAAGAGAGUGGUAAGAUGCUGGGUCUUUUACUGUUUUUAACGGUUCUAUCGGUUUAAAGACGAACUACCUCUGACAUAUGGAUCUGUUGCGGCCGAUAAUUUCAAGAGAAAAGUAGAGAACAGAUAAGAGGAGAUUGGAGAGGAGUAUUUUUGGGGUUUUCACCCUCUGCUUCGAAGUCACUUGUUUUGGUUGCAGUAUAUGGGCUUGAAGGUUCACUUAAACAUAGAUUUUGAGCUCUGAAUCUGAUUGGUUUGAUUUUGGAAUAAAAGUUUCUGGGUUCUGAGCUUCCCAUGUAGAAAGCGGUAUUAGCUUCAAAAUAGAAGAAUUGGGUAUCGUUCUUGAAUUCAGAUCUUCUCAAAAUCAAGGGUUUUCAGCAUUGACUACAGUGUAUUAAAUUUCUUAGUGCAAGAGAGAAGGUUUUACUGUUCUGCAUCGUAUUUCAAUGGGAUCGAUGGAGAAUCAGCAGAGUUUUCAGGAGGGGAUUGAAGUGGCAACGAUGGAGAAACAACAAAGCUUUAUUGAGAGGAAUAGGCCAGCAGUGAUGUUGAAGCAGCAGAGCUUUAUUGAGAGGAAUGGAAUGACAGCUUUGGAGACGCAGCAGAGCUUGCAUGAGAGGAAAAAAAUGGUAGGAAUGGUGAAGCACCAGAGCUUUAUUGAGAGGAGUAGGAUGGCUCCAAUGGAGAAGCAUCCAAGCUUUAUUGAGAGGAGUAGAACAGGGGCGAUGGAGAAGCAAGUGAGCUUUAAAGAGAGGAAUAAGAUGGUAAUGAUGGAGAAACAGGUGAGCUUUAGUGAUAGGAGUAAAUCGGUAGAGAUGGAGAAACAGCAAAGCUUUCUCAAUAGGAAUAAAGCAGUGGUGAUGGAGAAGCAGCAGAGCUUUCGCGAGAAGAAGAAGAGCAGAGAAUCAGCGGCGAAGCGUGGUGACUCGGAGCUCCAUCUGGCUGCUAGAGCAGGGAAUUUGAUUCAAGUUAAAGCAAUUCUUCAGGGAUCUGAUGAUAACCGUCUGAAGGAACUGACCUCAAUGCAAAACCAGGAUGGAGAGACAGUGAUGUAUGUCGCAGCUGAAAAUGGGCAUGUGCCGGUUGUGAGUGAGCUCUUGAAGGUUUUGGAUGCACAAUCCGCCGCUCUCAAAGCCAAGAACGGUUAUGAUGCAUUCCAUAUUGCUGCCAAGCAAGGCCAUCUGGAGGUGUUGAAAGAGCUAUUGCAAUCUUUCCCGGACUUGGCCAUGACUACGGAUUCAUCCAAUUCCACAGCCUUACACACUGCUGCCACUCAAGGCCAUGCCAAUGUUGUUGAUCUUCUGCUAGAGACAGAUGCAAGCCUUGCGAAGAUAGCCAAAAACAAUGGCAAAACUGCCCUCCACUCUGCCGCAAGGAUGGGGCAUCUGGAAGUCGUAAGAUCCCUUCUAAGCAAGGAUCCCAGAAUGGGGUUUAGGCCCGACAAGAAGGGUCAGACCGCAUUGCACAUGGCUGUGAAAGGGCAAAGCGUUGAGGUAGUGUUUGCAUUAAUUAAACCGGAACUUGAAGUUAUUAGCGUGGAAGAUAACAAGGGGAACACGGCAUUGCAUAUCACAACGAGGAAGGGUCGUACUCAGAUACUGCAAGCUUUGCUAUCAGUUGAAGGGAUUGAUGUGAAUGCAAUAAAUAAGGCAGGAGAGACUGCACUCGACAUUGCUGAAAAAUCUACAAAUGAGGAGCUUGCUCCAAUUCUAAGAGAUGCCGGGGCAGUGACUGCAAAGGAGCAUGAAAAGCCUCCAAAUUCUGCAAGGCAACUGAAGCAGACAGUCAGUGACAUAAAGCACGAAGUCCAAUCCCAACUCCAGCAAACCCGCCAGACGCGGGUGCGGGUCCAGAAGAUUGCAAAACGGCUGAAGAAGCUGCACAUAGGGGGUCUCAACAACGCUAUCAAUUCAGCAACAGUCGUCGCCGUACUCAUCGCCACUGUUGCUUUUGCAGCAAUCUUCCAGGUACCUGGGCAGUACAUUGAGGAGACUGGUGAUCCGGGCAUGCUUGGGCAGGCCCACAUAGCCAAAAAUGCAGCUUUCAUCAUCUUCUUAAUAUUCGACUCUGUGGCCCUCUUCAUCUCCCUGGCUGUUGUCGUCGUGCAGACGUCUGUGGUUGUGAUUGAGAAGAAGGCAAAGGAACAACUGAUGUUCGUGAUCAACAAGCUCAUGUGGAUGGCCUGCCUUUUCAUAUCAGUGGCUUUCAUCUCACUCACGUAUGUCGUUGUGGGCCAACAAGCUCAGUGGCUGGCAACAACUGCCACAGUGAUUGGCGCUGUGAUCAUGCUGACCACCCUUGGCUCCAUGUGCUACUUUGUCAUCCUGCAUAGGAUUGAAGAGUCGAAGUUGAGGAAUAUAAAGAGGGCACCCGAUAGCCGGUCGCGCUCUUGGUCUGUGUCCGUGGUCUCAGAUCCAGAGCAUGAAUACAAGAGGAUGUAUGCGCUUUAGGGCCUCCGAUCACAUUCUCUUAUCCCUGGAGCUCGUCAUCAGUACACCUCUUUAUAAGAAUAGAUUCUGGUGAUGAGAAUGCCUUAUUUUAGUUUAUUAUGAAAACUGAUAUGCUCAACAGAGAACAAUCCCUACAUUCCAACAUCUGAUUGCACGGAUAGUCUACUUGGGUUGCUGCUUCCGCUUCAAAUUCGGGUGAUAUCUAGAUGCUUGUGGUCUUAAAAUAGUUUGUUUUCUACUUCUGGUUUGUGCUCUUCCUUUCGCUUCUCAGCACUGAGGUCUGACUUCUAACCCAACUGGCGGUGUUUAAGAAACAAAGAAGAGUAGAUGAAACAGGUAAUCGGGAUUUGCAUUUCAAGCCGGACGUACCGAAUAUUCUCCUACCAUCCCACUACAUGUUAUGGCUCUGGAGGCUAUCUUGUUUCUCUCCUCCUAGAUGUCCUGUGAUAAUACAUUGUAGAAAACCCACAUCAGGAUUCGCAAUCAACGGAUGAUGGGCAAAAGGCUCUGAAAUGAGUUCUGUAUAUUAUAAUUUCAUGGGAGAGUGUAUGUACAACCCAGUUGCAUGUGCACGAUUCAAAAAAUAAGAUAUAAUGCUGUAUUAGCUUCCAUGGGUC